AUGUUGAGAGUGGCAAAGGUGGGGCGGGGGUGUGGAACCGCCUAAUUCUAUCCCUAGCCCUCAACUUCAAAAAGAAUAUAGAUCUAGAAAAUACAAGACAAUAUUCUGAAAGUACAAAAGAGGCUUUCCCAAUUUAGUGCCUCCCUAGGAAAUUUGGAAACCAGCUCCUAUAUUCCGAAACUACAAAACAGACUUUCCCAAUCAAGUGCCUUCCUAGGAAGCUGUUAUAUAGAAGAAAGAUCAGCAACUCUGUUCAAGAAGACCCCGUGUGCAGCAACUGUGGAAAUAAAGAUGAAGUCCAUUCCAAGAGUACAUUAGGUAAGGAACUGAAAAUGAAACUGCAAAGAGGAUGUCAUCACACAGACAACUGGAUCUGGCUGUGGAGCAACAUCACUAAGAAUGAACAAACCUGAUUCUAGGCGAGGGCAAUGCUUCCUCAAUAGGGUUGACCUGAACUAGCUUUGAAAUUUAUCAAAGACUUUUCGUUUGCAGAAAAGGAGAGUUAGAAGUGUCGUGACAGAAGUUUGUAAAACUAUGCAUGGCAUGGAGAAAGUGGCUAGAGAACAUUUUUUCUCCCUUUCACUUAACACCAGGGCAUCCAAAUAAAACACUUCUUCAUGCAGCAUGUAAGUAAACUAUGGAAUUUGCUGCCAUCAAGAGAUUGUGAUGGUCACCACCUUGUAUGGCAUUAAAAUAAAAUUACCUUCAUGGAAGAUAAGGCUAUCAGUGGCUACUAGCCAUGAUGGCUGUGCCAGAGCCUCCAAAGUCAUGUGCAGUAAUGUUCCUGAAUAUCAGUUCCUAGAAAGUGCAGGAAGCAAGAAUUCUCAGGUCCUGCUUGCAGGUUUCCCACGGACAGGUUCGUGCAGAGGGGAGGGGACAUCUGGACACACUUGACCUCGGCCUCGGAAGGCUAAGCCAAUUGGCUGCUUUUUCUUCUUCGGUUAGUUUAUAACUUUGGCCACUGUGAGAACAAGCAAUGGUGGUCUGGGAUGUUCUUCUGGGGGCUUCCAUCUGACAGACUUAGGCACUGUGUUCUCCUGAUCUCCAGCAAUCAGCUCAGGACCCUGAACUUGGCCUGCCUCUUUGAAUUGGUGCUGGAUUUAUGGGCCAUGACAGGUUUACAGCAAACACUUGAGGAGGGCUAUUAUCAGAUGGUAAUGGGCAGCUUACAGAAAGAUAUAAGCUCCUAGACACUUCCUGCCCUUAGGUUCACAAUCUAAGAAGAUAAGAGGCAAGGAAUGAGAGGUAGGAGGGGAAAGCAAUCUCAAGCACAUGUUCUUAAAUCUGUAGCCAAUGUCAGUGGUGAGUCUGGCGGUCCUGCCCUUAAGAAUAUAAGAAGAGGCAUGCCGGAUCAGGACAUUGGCCCAUUGAGUUCGGCAUCCCCACAGUGGCCAACGAGAUGUCUAUGGGAAACCCAAAGCAGAACCUGAACACAACAACUCUACCCACCUGUGAUUCCCAGCAAUUGGCAUUCACCGCCUCUGACUGUGGAGGUAGAACAUAAUGAUCAUGGCCCUAAAUAAAGAACAGCCCCUCCUCUGAAGCACUCAUCCCCUGAGACCAAAUCCAGAAGCAGAACUAGUGACACUGCCCAGCUUCUGCCACAUAAUUGUUCCCUAGAUAGCUUCUGAGCACAGGAGCAUUUCAGGCUGGUUUUUGUUCCAGGUCAGUUGGCAACUUUGUUGACAGCACUGUAUUAGGAAACUUUGACACACAACAAAACUCACCGUCACCCUGGAAGCAGUCUGCCAAAAGUAUACACGGGGCUAAUUUUGUGACUUGAAAAUGUGCUCAACGAAAGCAAGCAUAGCUGGUCUGGAUGCAUGAAAGGGGCUGCACAUUCCAGGGCUAUUGCAGUUGCUGGUCAAGCAUUUGAACCUGGGUCUACCCAGCUGCAGAAUUACAAUCUUGAAAGGUCUGAGGUGGAUGGGUGGAAAGCUUGAUGGCAUUCAGUCUUUGAUUGCUGGAUGACAUUUCCCUCUCUCUUUCCCCACUUCCCCUUCCAAAGGUUCUCCAACUUUCCAAAGGUUAAAGUUCUGUUUGCAGAUUCUGGACCAAAUUAAUUUCCACUGGAACACAGGUCACAGGAGUCAGAUUUCAGAAUACUUCUGUAAUUUGGCACAGUCAUCUGCAAUUUCCCUGCCUCUGAACAUAACAGCAGAGCGGUUAAAUUAACAGCUCGAUACAAUGCGGGUGAAGUUCUGCCUGAACGUUAGCCUUCUCAGAGGAUAAAUGACCUGGAGCCCCUUGGAAAUCAAAGUCCUUUAUUACAAAAGACCUGACAAGAAGUAAUCGGUUUCAGGACGGAGGCUGUUACAUUGUCUACCAAUGACCUUAAUUUCAACCUUUUGGGAGCAAUCUUUCCUUCCUCUUGACUCCUUGAAAUUGAAUGGCUAUAACUAAAUUAGGCCACUUGGAAGAGUUCUGUAAGGCACACAACGAAAGCAUCCCAACACAGAUGGGUUUGUUUGUUUGUUUGUUUGUUUUGGAGAGCAAUUUGAUCAGAUGCUGGCAUUUGGGAGAAACUUACGGUUGUAGACCAGGAGUUCUUAAACCACUGAGAUUUGGUCUGUUGGAGAAGGAACAGGUAUAGGUGUAGUGUAAAAGCUGAGAGAUUGAGCUAUGAAUUAGAACAAGAAGGGAGAGCCUUUUGAGGGCCACGUCCUUUCAUUGUCAACCUUUUGGGGACCACAUGCCCAUGUUGGGUGAAGCCAGAUGCAAAAGUGGACAGAGCAAUGGAUGUGACUCAUACCUUUGUAUGACAGGCUGCAUUCCUGCUGUGCAAAAACCAGAGGUUUCUAAGCACACACUCCAACUAUCUCUCCAUCCUUCCCAGCAAGCAAGAGGUAUUAUCACAGUUGAAGGACACAUUUCUAGCCACACAAAAGCACUUUGAAGGUGAGCCUACCUAACUUGCACUUUCGGAAACAGUAUACAAACAGGGAUGCACCAUCCUUCGAAACAUUCCCUUCUGAGAAUUUUAACAAGUGCAGUUCUCCAGCCAAGUCAUAUGUGCAUAAAGCUUGCAUGAAAAUUCAUAUGUAUCAAUGAAAAUAAUAUGCAAAAAUGUGUGAUAUUAAUGGAAGCUGCUUUUAUAUUGGGAAGAAGUAAGUCUUAGGAUAAAUCUGCACUGCAAUACUGAUGUAUUUUCAUGAGAAUUAUAUAAUUUUAAGUUGUCUUUAAACUGUUUUUAAUAUUGUGUUUCAGUGUUGUGAUCCGCCCUGGGACUUUAGGCUGAAGGGUGGGUGAUAAAUUGAAUGAUUGUCAUCAUUAUCAACUGAUGUGGGAAUGUGGAGAACUGAACUUGAAACUGGGAGAAACUGAGAAACUGAAAUUGAUGGAUUCACCUGGGGCUAAAUGCAACCCAGGCAUCUAUUGUCUUCAAGCAACUGUACACUUCUAAACUGAAACUAGUUUGGGUUUUUUCCCUCCUCUGUGCCCAUGGGUAUUCAAAAAUAAGACAACAUUAUUAUUACAAAGGAAGACAAACGGAGGCUGUGUUAGAGGCUCAAGCAAUUAAAGAAUCUUUUUUUUUCUUUCAAAAAAACACCUAAUUGCUCUUCUGCUUCAUUCUCAAUAAUCAAAGGCUUUUGUUCUCCGACACCAUUUCUCCUUUGUUUCUGCGCGUGGAUUCAUGAAGACAUCUCUGAGCGAGUCAAACAAAUGGAAUUGUCGGGCAGACGUACUGCUCUCUGCUCCUCCCUUUCAUCCGGGAUGGCAAAGUGUUUUAUAAAGAUGAUUUAAAUAUGCAGAAAUGCUUGUGAGCUAGGUAAGCACCACAAUUAAUACUAAUAGGCUCAUUUGAUGUGCUUCUCAAACAGCUGCCUGUUUUGCAGAUGGAUAUCAAGGGAGAGGAGGUUGCAGUUGCUCUUUCAGAAACUAUUGGCAACAUGCUGAGCCAAAUCACAGAAUUCAAGGGUCCACAGUUCCCAAUGGAAUUCAGCUGGGCUUGCUUCUGAGUGACACAGAAAUCUGCCACUGGGAAUUGUGACAGUGGGGACCUUUUCUGAACCAAGCAAGCCAGUUAGGUGCUAAGUAUUGAUACAAUCCACCCCAAUCUCCAAGCAGUGAGAGACUCUGGGGUUCCAAGCACUUAUCAAGGCUUAUAUACUGUAUUGCAUCUAUUUAUUGCAUUUUUAUAUCCCACCUUUUUCUUCAAGGGAUUCAAGAUGACAUACAUGGUUCUCCCCCUUUUCCUGUCAUCCUAUCUGCCCAUCUGCUUGUUUUUAAUACUGGAAGAAAAUAGUACAUACAGAAAAAAGCAUACUUGUUAUGUAUGUUGUGUAUAGAAGAAAUAAUAUGGCUGGAUGUUUUCUAGUAUUCUGAUAGUUAUUUUAUAUUCUAACGAUUAUUAUUAUUAUUAUUCUUACAAUCCAGCUAAGAUGCUGCAAAAUGUAAAGAGAUCCAGGACUUCCCCAGUCUGUCUUAAUACAGAUUCUAUUCACUAUUAAAAGACAAACAACUCUUAUGAAAUCCUCAGCUAAACUUGCACACACACACCCCCAAUAGCAGAAUUGUAUGGUAAUAACAUAUCAGACCAUUUUCCCUCCUUCCCUUUCUUAAAAAAAAGUCACCACUCUUACUUAUUUAGCAAGUGCUCUGUAGCUUUCCCUUAUUUUACAGCCCGUGCUUGAGGAAAAUAAAUCUUAAUAGCAGUCAUUUCCUUGUGAAAAUUCACCCCAACCUCCUAAAACUCCUAGAUGUUUCCUGGGGUGGCAGCAGUCAGCCAAAACCUGCUCCAUGCACUAGAAUAGAGGAGACUGUACAUUCAUCAAGACCUUUAUGUGUCAUUUUGCUUAUGUUACUAGAUUCAGGUAGGUAGUCAUGUUGGUUCGAAAUAAAAUUAAAAAAUUGUCCAGUUGCACCUUAGAGACCAACUAAGUUUGUUCUGGGUAUAAGCUUUCGUGUGUGUAUCUGAAGAAGUGUGCAUGCACACGAAAGCUUAUACCCAGAACAAACUUAGUUGGUCUCUAAGAUGCUGCUGGACAUUUUUUUAAAUUUUUUGCUUAUGUUAGUUACUGCAUACACAGCACAUAAAAGAUUAAACCAUAGUUUAGUAUUAUAGGGAUGAGCUGCUAUAUACCUCAGGCUACCCUUCCCUGCCCCCUUCUCUAGGAUGGCUAUGAGGAGAUUGGGAGCUUUCACUACUGUUGUAGCUUAACAAACUACAGUGUUGUAGUUUGGGGGGGGGGGUUCUGGCAGGGGAGCGUUGCCAUCAUAUGCUCUUGACUUAAGAGUGGCACGGUCCUAUCUGGGAUGGUCAUCUUCCACCGAGCAUGCCACUUCAAGAGAGAUGCACAUGGAGGAAUGAGAAGGGAACACCCGCCUGCUAGCCAGGUCUGUGGUGUGCGGUAGAUGACUUAUGGCCUUUUGCAUAGCAACCAGCUCAACUCUUCUCAGCCAAUCAGAAGAUGUUGAAGCUGUAACUCUCCAGAACUGAGAGUCUACGGUUUUCUUGUGACUGGAGCUGAAUAAUGUUUCCCCAAUUAAUGGACUGGCCAUCUGGACCUUGAAGGCCUGGUACAAGAUUACCAGAUGCAAGUAAUUAUGAGUGCUUGCAACUAGAAAGGGGGGGGUCUGCUUUCUUUUAAUCUCAACUCUUACCCAGAAGCCUAAGUGUCUUACUGAACCAAAUGCAUGAGCCCAGUAUCUUGACACACUGCAGUCAAGUUUAGAGUGGUGCAGAACAGACUAGGGUGGACACACAGCUUUGCACUCCAACCAUCUCACUGUUGUCUCCACCCACAACCAAUGGCCACCUGAAGUUUCCACCUUACUCUGCCUAACAAGGACAUAAAAAGAGCCCUUCAGGGUCAGACCAAAGGGUCACCCAGUCCUGAAUCCUGUUCUCACAGUGGCCAGCCAGUUGCCCCUAUGGGAAGCCCGCAAUCAGGACCUGAGCAUGACGGCCUUCUCCCUAGCUGUGGUUCUCAGAAACUGGCAUUCAGAGCUUGUAGCCAUUGGUAGCUUUCUCCUCCAUGAAUGUAUCUAAUCUUCUCUCAAAGCUGUCCAGGUGGGUGGCUGCUAUGAUAUUGUAUAGGAUAUAAUGGUGGGACCAGCCCUGAUCCCUAUACCUGGAGCUUCCCACUUUUUGUAGAAUUGGGGAUCUGAAAUAACCGUAUGCAUCUUCUACUGUUUUCCCUGGAAAUGCGAGAACUCUUGGAAGCACUUUGCAUCCGAUUUACGUCCGCUCUGUGUCAGCCGUCUGUUUCCCAUUCCUGUGGGUUUGCUUUUUUCACCUCCCGCCUCAUCCUUUUUAAAGCUUAUUCUGUUUGCUUGCCUUUUAAUUGUUCCAUCAAUUAAGAUGUUUUAAAUGGGCUCGCAUUCAUGCCUCAAAUUAAGCUGGUUUUGUUUCCAGCUUUUCUUUCAAUUACUCCUGUAAUUAAAGCUUCCUGGAAGCAUAGCGGGAAGUAGAGAUGGCAUCCAAUUCUUUCUCUCCUUUUGGUCACCUGAAUAUUCAAACGGCUACCACUCAUCUCAGAAACAGCAGGUACUGAGGGAAUGGCAACUUCUGUGUACUUUCGAACAGAACGGAGCAUUUCUUUCUUUUUCUUUUUUCCCCCCAGAACAACAGCCUUGUCAUCCCAGGGGGGGAGGGGAUGCUUCGGAGGCCGUCUGGAGAGCCUUCGCUUAAUUAUGCAAAUCUGGUCUUAGAAGAAACUUUUUAAAAAUGCAAAGCCCGCAUUUCCCAUUUGAAGCAAAAUGUUUUAAUCAAGUCAGCCUGCUUUGUUGUUCCCCUCUCGCCAGCCAACGUCAAUUUAGGUUUUUAAAUAUUUGAUUAGUGUCGAUGUUCAUCCCGGCUACAUCGUGGGAGCUGAAGUUUGAAGUAGUAGAUCUUUCACUUGGAAGGCUUCAAGACAAUGAGAGCUAAUUUUCCCUGACACUUAACAACUUGCCAGAGAUAUUGCCCUGGAGGUGAGCUGUGCCUGAGACAGGAAGAUGUGCCAAAGGGUGGAAAUAUGUGCUAAUAAAGUCUAAAACAUAUGAAGCGAGCACUAGGCACAGGAGCAUCGGCUGAAUGCAAGGUUGGCAGCAGGGCAGGGCUCCAAUGUUGCUUCAGCAAGCAUCUGGCCUGGGUAGGCCCACUCAUGAGACUCAGUGAGGUACCGGUAGUUGCCUCAGGGGGCAGGCAGGGAACAGCAAGGAGGGGCAGCAGACCUGGCCCCCAAGGAGCACACUGCUCAAUGCCACCUGAGCUUUUUGCCUGCCUCCUCUCUCCUCAACACAUAAAAUCUAUUUCAUGGAGUAUGAGGAACCCCACAAAGUACACACAGCAAUGCCACUCCCUGCCCUAUAGCACCUGCCACUUGAGGCUGCUGCCUCAUGGUAGAGCAGGCCCCACCAAGCCACAGCUGUUCUGGUGAUUCUUGAGUAACUCUACUCUUGCAUAAAGCUUCCAGCUCUUCCCACCUCUUUACAACAGGGGUAAGGAAUAUAUGCAACUGUUUUAUAUUAUAUACUGUCUGCUUGUGUGUGUACCCGUGUUGGAUUUUCCAAAGCUGUCGAGUUUACAAAGUAAAACCAUAGCAUAAACCGUGCUUUGUUUGAAAGCCCAGAGUGGAAGCAAACGUUCAUCAUCCAAGCAAAUGAAUGCAGCAUUUAAUACAGCUGAAGCCACGAAGUUAGUUUCUGACAAGUCCGUUUUGGCAUCUGUCACGAGAAAACUGUUAGUUGUGUUGGGGUUUCUGAGUGAGUUGUCAUAUCUCUGCCCUUCUUUGUACCGUGAUGGGUCAGAGAAUAAAGUCAACAGCCGGCGCGAGCUAAUAAAAACGGAAUCCAGAUCUAAUGAAGAGCUGGACGAAUAACUGUUAACGGUGGCUCUGGAAAAGAUGACAGCUUAAUUAAAGUCCUCGUUGGGAAUAUAAGAUGACAUAUGUUAGCUUCUGGGGAGGAAUGGAUGCAUACCAAAAUAUGCGUACUUCAAAGGUACAAAAGACCUGGAUUAAAGUUACUUAAAAGGUACAAGAUGCCAGGCCUUUGAACUUUACCUUCUGGCUUUGCUAGUCAGCCAGGUGUUGUGGGAGCUGCAAAAGGGCACAGUUUAUCCCUCUGGUUGUUAAUCCCUCAACAUCUGGAAGCUGGACUGCCAUCCGUUGACUAGCUCCAUUGCCUUUAACAUCAUCUUCCUUUGCAGACAAGUACAGGUGACAGGUGGGAAUAGCUUUCCUUGCCGAUUCUGGGCAGUUCAGUUUCCUCAUAGGAGACCUAUAGAAUUGGUUUGGGUGUUUUGGCAACCCUUGGUUUAUUAUUGUGACGGGUGAGUAACAGCAAACCUGAGGCUGUUGUUUCUACCCUCCCCUCUACCCCUGGUAUAUUUGUAAGGAGCAUAUUGGAAACAUUUGCAUUUGAGUUUUCUUAACCCCUGUUUUGUUUUACAUCUAACUACAAGGGAUAUUAGGGACUCGGGUGGUGCUGUGGUCUAAAUCACAGAGCCUAGGGCUUGCCGAUCAGAAGGUCGGUGGUUUGAAUCCCCGCGACAGUGUGAGCUCCCAUUGUUCGGUCCCAGCUCCUGUCCACCUAGCAGUUUAAAAGCACAUCAAAGUGCAAGUAGAUAAAUAGGUACGGCUCCGGCAGGAAGGUAAACGGCGUUUCCAUGUGCUGCUCUGGUUUGCCAGAAGCGGCUUAGUCAUGCUGGCCACAUGAUCCAGAAGCUGUCUGCGGACAAACACUGGCUCCCUCGGCUUAUAGAGCGAGAUGAGUGCGCAACCCCAGAGUCGUCCGCGACUGGACCUAAUGGUCAGGGGUACCUUUACCUUUUUACUAGGGAUAUUGGGGUGUCAGAGAAUUCUGAUGAAAAGAAACAGGAGCAGAAAUUGCUGGUUUGCUCAUUCAUCCCAUGUGCAGAAUGGAAAUCAAUUCAGCAAAUAAAAUUGGUCCUCACUGCUGCUGUUGCUCUCAGUAUUGUUGUUGUUGUUGUUAAUAAUAAUUACCUGCCCUUCAAUGCAAGGUCCCAGGGCAGGUUACAACAUUAAAGCCCAAUCUUAAAAACAGUUUAAAACAAGAUGGCUCCUAAAAAUAUACUCUUCAAGGAAUGCAAGCGCUAUGAAAUUGGUUAUGUUUCAACCCCCUGCCACUAUGCAUUGUGUUUCCUUUGCAAUGAAACACAGUGGGGUGGAAUAAUGUAGUGACAACGUAACUCACAUAGCUUACGCAAGUUGCGUGAUGAAUUACAUAAAUCACAACAUUUCACCACUGCAGAUAGUAAGACCUCAGGGUGAAGGGCAGGUAAUAAAUAUAAUAACACUGGUGGUGGUGGUGGUGGUGAUGAUGAUAAUGUUGGUCUUAGCAGAAGACGAUGUACAGCAGAAUGGAAACAGUACUGCAUGCAAUGAUAGCCCAUGGUUCAGCAUGGCAUCCUAACAGUCCUCUGCUGAUGUUUUUGCAACAUCAGCUUUUACAAUAAGGCUCAGAUGGCAUUUCUGCACCAGGCAAAGGCCCUUUUAUUUCCCCAGGCUUUUAAAUCAGAUUUGCUGAUGGUUUUUAUGCUGCUUUGUAUCUGCUUUAUCUAUGCUAAUUGCCUCCCCUUCCCCAGUUCUUUAAAGUUGUAAUGUCUUAAUGUUUUAAUCUGGUUUUAAGCAGUUUUUAUUGCAAUUUCUGUUCUUUGUAAGCUGUGUUGCAAACUUGUAGAAGGACAUGUAUUAGUCCCUAUAAAUAAAUAGAUUCAAGCACGCAAGUAGGACAUAACUGGAGGCAAAUGCCAGGCACUCGGAUACAGCAGCAGAACCAACACCUGAUGUCAGAUUCCUUGGAAAGAGGCUCCACAACCCCAAAGUGCUUCCAACCAUUGACUCACUCUCCUUCCUCUGCCAUCUGCCAGAGCACAACCGGUGUAUUCUCCUUUCUCUGGCCAGUGAAUGAGGUGAUAACGAGGCUUUCAAGUUUUACUGCUGUUUGCGACAGAUUAACAAUGGGAACCUAUGACUCUCCCAAUGCCACAGCUCCCAUCUUCUCUGGCCAUUGGCCAUGCUGCCUAAGGCUGAUGAAUGAUUUAGUUCAACCAGAGGCAGUAAAAAAAGCCACCAGCCUGGAUAGCUUCAGGUUAGACAAAUGCACGGGGGAUAAGGCUGUCAGCGGCUUCUUGCCACAAGGGCAAUGCUGUAUAUCCACUGCCAGAGGCAGUGAUGCUUCUGAAUUCUGGUUGAUGGAAACCACAGGAGGGGAGAAUGCUGUUGUGCUCAGGUCCUGCUUGCAUGCUUUUCAUAGGCACCUGCCUGAUUUCAAUCGGGUGUGAGUUCCAUAAAAUUGGGUCUGCUCCACUGGUGACAAGACUCCUCACUGACAUUAGUUGUGCUUCUGGUCCACAGCAAGCUGCUAAUGAUGCUCUCCCAGAUUAUAUCAGCGAGAGACUUGUGGCAUAAAGCAGCCUCUAAAAUUCCUUGAGCCUAGGUUGUUCGUAGUUUUGUACACUAGUACAAUAGCCUUGAACCUGACCCAGUAGCAGAUGGGAACCCAGUUUGGGUCUUUAAACUCCGGUGUCAUGUGUUGGCAUUGGCCUGUUCCCAUCAUGAGCCUAGCUGCAGCAUUUUGCAGUAGCUAACAGUUUUAGUCCAGACCCAAGGGCAGCCUUGCAUGGAGUGUGUUGCAUCAUGGGCUAUUAACCUGCAACAUACCUAAGAAAGGAAUCCAUAACACGAAAGAUUGUGCAUGAAACAGAAGGCAUCUUCCUAGUGUGAUGGUAACAGCUUAUUGCCUGGAUUUCUGCAAAACUCUAAUUUUGCUCAAUAUGUGACACACUAGUGUAUAAAUUUGUCAGACCCUCUGUCAUUUGUAAAUCCCUGCCCUCCGAACUGAAAUAUGCUCCAGACUGCCCCAUCAUCUUUCUUUCAGCAAUUAUCUAAAUUACCCCACACUGGGGGUACUUUGGGCUAUCUGUAGCACCAACCCCAGGAGAAACUCCUGGUCUCUUUCCACCGCUGGUUAGAGUUAUAAUUGUGUGGGUGCUUGGGGAUGGGGGUAAACCCUAUUAGCUUGCAAGUGUAAUUGGAUCAGUGAAGCAUGAUGAUGCCAAUGACUUCCUAGGGAUUCUGCUGCAACAAUUCAAUUAAAGGGGAAGAGAUCUGUGGAUCUGGAGAAAACCAUAGCGGUGUGAAAGAGGGGAGAUGGUUUGCAAACAGUGUACACUAUUGGGAAUGACUAGAUUGCUUUGUAUAGAGUAGAAGUUUUCAGGUUCUUUAGGAGUGUGUUGUAUCAGAGAUCUGCAGCUGAAGAAAAAGCAACUGAGUUGUGGAGUGUGUGUAUUUAUGAAUAGUGGAUUUCAGCUAAUGGGACAGAUGGCUGAUUUGCUUCAGAACAAAGCCACAUUUACAGCAUACAUUUAAAGUGUUAUGAUACUACUUUAAACAAUCAUGGCUUCACUCAAAUAAUACUGGGAACUGUAGUUUAUGAUGCUGAGAAUCGUUGUUGUUGUUUAGUUGUUUAGUCGUGUCCGACUCUUCGUGACCCCAUGGACCAGAGCACGCCAGGCACUCCUGUCUUCCACUGCCUCCCACAGUUUGGUCAAACUCACGUUAGUAGCUUCGAGAACACUGUCCAACCAUCUCAUCCACUGUUGUCCCCUUCUCCUUGUGCCCUCAGUCUUUCCCAACAUUAGGGUCUUUUCCAGAGAGUCUUCUCUUCUCAUGAUGUGGCCAAAGUAUUCCUCUCACAGAAUUACAGUUCCCAGAGGGAUUUAACAGGCAAUCCCUCUUCCCAGGGAACUCUGAGAAUUGUAGCUCUGUGAGGGGAAUGGGGGUCUCCUAACAACUCUCAGCGCCCUCAACAAAGAACUGCUCCCAGAAUUUCCUGUGUGGAGCCAUGGCUACUUAAAGAGGCAUCAUGGUGCUUUAAAUGUAUGCUGAGGAUACAUGUCUUGGUCUGGAGUAGCCCUCUUAGCUGAAGUCCACUAUUCACAAACACACCUCUCCUGGCAGGAUCACUCCAGAAUUGUAGAAUUGUAAGGGGCCCAGAGGGUCAUUGAGUCCAACCCCCUGAAAUGCAGAAAUCACAGCUGAAGAAUCCAUGACUGAUGGCCAUCCAACCUCUGUAUAAAAAUCGCCAGUGAAGGAGAGUCCAUCACCUUCCAAGGUAGUCUGCUCCACUGUCAAACAGCUCUUACACAUGAGUGAAUACUUCUAUAUACAAAAAAAUGAAAAUCAAAAUGAAAAUCUCUUCUCCUGUUCAACAAGGUCUCUGGGAGAAAGCUGUAGUUUCGUCCAUAGUAGCUUUCUAUGUGAAAGCAGGUUUUUGUUUUUUCAUGUGACAGCAUUCAGUAGCAUGGGUCUUUACCUACAGCCUGGAGGGGCUCAGCUCAGGCGCUGGUUUACCAUGUCACUGAGAACCUUCAUCUCACUGCAACUGAGCCUCUGGGAUGCCUGUCAGGUUGUACACUGGAAACAAGUUCCUUACUUCUUUGUGUUCUUGUUCCAGCAACAUGGCAAAAGCUAACAGAUAGACCUUUCAGCCUGUCUACAAGAAGUGAAAGGACAACACCGGGGCAGUGA